AUGACCGCCAGCAGCCGCACGGCCGCGGGGACCCAGGCCCCGGGGCUCUCAGACGCCGGGAAGGCCAGGCCCACGCCCCCUCCCCAGGCCCGCGACCCUGCUCCGGCCUCUGCGCCCCCCUCUCCAGGCCUGCGACCCCGCUCCGGCCUCUGCGCCCGGGGGACGCGGGGACCCUCCCCGCCCACGACGCGCGCCGCGGGCCCGGGUCCAGCCAAGGGGGCGGGGGUCCCCAAGGCCCACACUCCCAUGGCCGCCCGAGGCCCAGCCCCCGCCGGGCCGGGGGUUCCGGCGCAGACCCCACCCCAGCCCGCGUACCUGGAUGCGCGGCGCCCGGGGCCGGAGGCGGCUGCGCGGGGACGCGGGACGCGGGGACGGCGGGCGGCGAGCGGGUCCCCGCACUGCAGCGGCGCCGCCCUCCGCCCGCCCCCGCGCCGCCGGUCCACCCCACCUACCCCUGUUACCGCUCCCACUCUCCCCUUCCACCUCUCUCGCUGGCCUCCUCUUCGCUGCCCCGACCCCAAGCCCGCCAUCCCCACCCUGGGCAUUGGGGAUGCAUACUACAAGCCUGGACAGAGGCACGCCACAGGAUGGCUGGCCUUGCCCGGCAUGUUCCCCAGCAUGUUCCCCAGCUGGCCUGGCGCUGGCCCAGCUUCCUCCUGCCAGCGCAAAGGCAGACUCGACGAGCUGAGGAUGGCCCCCCCAGGCGGCGGCCAGCAAGAAGCCGAGGCCUCGAGUGCCGCCACCACCCAGGGGCGCCUGGAAGCAGAUGCUGCCGGCCGAGCCUCAGACCAGAACCCAGCCCUGGAGUCAGGGGACCCAAGGGAGCCGUGCCCGGACUCCUGA